AACUUCCAAACGCAUAACACAUAUUCAAUUAUCCGCUCCAGUUUUAGAAAUUCCCAAAUAUCACAAGUUUCCUCCCUUCACGACCGGUGUAAUUUAUACAUUUGGUCCUUCGAACCGGAUCGGUGAAAGGAAGCAUUACGUGCAGUGAAACUUGCAGCAGGACACUACGUGUUCACAGAUUUGGGAAUAAACGGCACUACGUACCGUUUAUGUACAGUGGUGAUUCAAAGUGUGAUAUUUCUCCGUUUAAACCCGUUGUGUUUUUCAUUUCCUUUGGUUGCCCCGCUAUCACGGGCAAAGGAGACGUUUGUGAAGUGUUCGUGAAGAUUACAUCGUGUCACGAACAAGGAACAGAAAAGCGAGUGUGUAGUUCGAUCGGAACGCGUAAGAAAACCGACGCCACCCACGCCAUUUCAAAUUUGGCACCCAUAACUGCAACGACACCCAUUGCGUUUUCAAAUUUGCGCCAUUCGAAAUUUGGGUUUGCGUACAAGUUGCAUCCAAGUUACAGUGAGAUUAUCCUACGCGCCAAAAAUUCAAAGAGAAAAUGGCGAAACAAUUAAAAACGUUUCAACUGAAAAAACGCCAAGCUGCCGAGCUAAUUAAAACCGUGGAACAGUUCACCAGUGAAUAUACCGAUGAUAGAGUGAGUGAAGUAUCAGUGUGUCUAGACCAGCUGGAAAGGUAUUACGAAGAUUUUCUCCAGGCAAGCGCGAAAGUUUCGGAGCUAGAUGAGGAUGGGGCGGAAACGUAUGUGGCGGAACGUUGCGAAAUGGACACGCGUUACCGACGCGUGAAGGGUUUCCUUCUACGAAGGCAACCCUCGAACCCGGGUGUGAGUGAUUCGGUGUUGAUCGCGAAUUCAACGAUGAAUACUACGGGACGAUCGAGUGCUGUGAAUGUGCGUCUGCCGAAAAUCGAAUUACCUACGUUUGAUGGUGAUUCUACCAAGUGGCUUACUUUCCGGGACCGAUUUGUAGCUAUGAUUGAUUCUUCCGCGGACAUUCCUAACAUCAUGAAGCUGCAAUAUCUGCUGUCGUCGUUAAAGGGUGAUGCUGGAUUGCUCUUCGAGCAUACCACCUUAACAGCAGAUAAUUACGACGUGACGUGGACUGCCUUGCUGAAGCGAUACGACAACCCGCGUACGCUUGUUCGCGAGUACUACCGGAAGAUUCAUCACCUACCGACAGUGAGCCGUGAAAGGGUGGAUGAAUUGGCGCAGCUCGUGGAUGAAUUCACGCGGCACGUGAACGGGCUGAAGAAACUCGACGAGCCCGUUGAGUACUGGGAUACGCCGCUCGCCAACCUCUUGCUGAUGAAACUGGACACGGCGACCAUCUUGGCUUGGGAAAACCAUUCAGCACAGCACACGAAAGAUAAGUACAAGGAGUUAGUAGAUUUCCUUCAUAGUCGUGUCCGAAUCCUUAAGUCAACGCGUGAGUUUUCCCAUACUGAACUAAAUACGAGAAUGGUGGCCGGUAGCAAAAAAAUAUUCGAACAUAGACCAAGGUUGGUGGGUAACACAGCGACGGCAGGAAGAGCAAUACCGCAUAUGUCAGCGCCACAGCCACCACAACCACCGUGCAUUUUUGGUUGCACGGAGGCUCACCAUUUGCGGGUUUGUCCGGAAUUCGCAAAUAAGGACGUACCCCAACGGCGGGAAAUCGCAACACGAGAACGGCUGUGUUGGAAUUGCCUGAAUCGUCAUCACCAAGUGAGGGAUUGCCGCUCGUCGUACCGGUGCACUACGUGCAAGGCACGACACCAUUCACUACUACAUGUGAAUUCAGCGGUUACCAUGGCUGCGCAAUCCGAUGAGGAAAUGGUUCUUCUGGAAACGGUCCUUCUCCAGCUCGUGGAUGAUCACGGCAACACGUAUGAUGCGCGGGCACUUCUCGAUUCGGGAUCGAUGUGCAAUUUCGUUUCCGAAACCAUGGCGCAGCGAUUGCUAACACCAUUGUCAAAGGUAGACGUUGCCAUAUCUGGUAUAGGGCAACAGAUGCAGCACGUCAAGGGUUCCAUUACAGCGGCCGUUCAAUCGAAAGGGGCUGACUUCUCUACAACAAUGGAAUUCCUUGUACUAAAGACUCCGUCGGCAGAUCUUCCAACCACACCGAUAAACGUAGAGUCGUGGUUCCUCCCGAAUAUAAAGUUGGCUGAUCCUACUUUCCACGUCCCCGGAAAGGUAGAUGUGGUUAUUGGCGGUGAUACAUUUUGGGAACUACACACUGGAAGGAAGCGGUCACUGGGCGAAGGAAAACCAUGGUUGUUGGAGACACCGUUUGGAUGGGCGAUCUCUGGGAAUACUUCCCGUUGUUCUGGGCCCAAUUUGCGGUUGUGUCACCUGGCAACCAAUGAAGGUGACAUUGCAGCUUCGCUACAACGGUUCUGGGAGGCUGAGAGCAUUUUAGAAGGCCCUGCGUUGUCUUUGGAAGAAGACCUGUGUGACAAGUAUUAUGCUUCCACGACUACGCGAAAUGCUCAAGGUCGCUAUGUCGUGUCGUUGCCGCGAAAUGCCAAACCGGAGAAAGUCCUGGGUUUGUCAAGGGAUAUAGCAGAUCGGCGUUUGUUGGGAGUUGAACGGCGGCUAAAGGCCAAUCCUGUAAUGGAAAAGGAGUAUAAAAGGUUCAUGGUAGAAUACGAGCAGUUGGGACACAUGGUGAAACUCACCGAACCUGUCGACGAUAGUGAGCCGCACUGCUACAUCCCUCAUCAUGCCGUGAUUAAGGAGUCGAGUUCUUCAACCAAGGUUCGUGUGUUAUCAUACACGGCCAGAAUCUUCGAUCCUCUUGGUCUGUUGGGACCAACGGUGAUACUCGCCAAGAUGUUCCUGCAACGCCUAUGGGGAUUGAAGCACGAGGGGAAGACGCUGGACUGGAAUCGUCCGCUACCAGCGGAGAUUCAGGAAGAGUGGAGGAGGUUCCACUCAACGCUCUAUGUGUUACGCGAACUGCGAGUACCUCGAUUGGUGGCACAUAGCAAUCCGGAAAGGCUGCAGCUGCAUCUCUUCGCGGAUGCAUCUCAAGGAGCCUAUGGAGCAUGUUGUUACGUACGCUCGGAUUCGACACGGGGCUCUACGGUUAGAUUGCUAGCGGCUAAGUCCAAGGUGGUGUCCCUCUCAAACACACAUUCCAUCGCCAGAUUAGAACUGUGUGCAGCACGGCUAGCAGUACACCUGUUCCAGAAGGUGAUUCGAGCACUCAACGUUUCAUCGACGACGGUUAUCUGUUGGACAGAUUCCAUGACCGUCAUGCAUUGGCUCAAAUCAUCACCUCGUCGAUGGAAGCCGUUCGUCGCCAACAGGGUGGCGCAAAUACAAGAGGAGACCCGAAUUUCAUGCUGGCGUCAUGUUCCUGGUAGCGAUAACCCGGCGGAUGAUAUAUCGCGCGGGUUGAGGCCCGAAGAGUUACUGCAGUGCGAGCGAUGGUGGCAGGGGCCACGUUGGUUGUCCUACGGACAGGAAGAGUGGCCGGUGGAACCAGUACUCGCGAAAGAGAACGAGACGGACAUCGAGGAGCGGUUAGCGGUGUCCAAAAUAGUCAUCACCUCUACGACGUGUGACUUUAGCAACACACUUUUCGCACGUUAUUCCUCGUACGGCAAGUUGCGAAGGGUUGUUGCUUAUUGCUUGCGAAUCCUCUCCAACCUCAGGGCGAGCAAGUCAACGUCGAUCAACAGCGUCAAGCGGAAUACGGACAUGAAGACGCUAUUGAGUUCCGUUCCACCGCUUACAGCGGCGGAGUUGCAGGAUGCGGAACUGAGGUUGUGUCAACGGGCACAACAUGAUUCGUUUGCGGAGGAGAUGGACGACCUGAAACGAGGAAAGCUGGUGAGCGGAAGGUCGAGACUAAAGUGGUUGUCUCCAUACCUCGACCCAAAGGGUGUGUUACGCGUCGGUGGCCGGCUUGGUAACGCCAACAUACCAGAGUCAACCAAACAUCCGAUUGUCCUCGCUGCAUCACAUCGGCUGUCGACACUACUGGUCGAGAACACUCAUCAUCAAAAGAUGCACGCGGGGCCACAAUUCAUGUUAGCAACAAUCCGGCAGAAGUUUUGGUUGAUUGGGGGCCGAAACUUAGCAAAGAGCGUGUACCAUCGAUGCCACACAUGCUUUCGGAACAAGCCAACGCUGGUGAAACAGGCGGUAGCUGAUUUGCCUAAGUCACGAGUGACACCAACGCGACCGUUUGCCGUCAGCGGCGUCGACUACUGUGGGCCGUUUUUGUUAAAGUCGACCGUCCGCAACCGAAGCCCAACGAAGGCAUACAUCGCGAUAUUCGUAUGUUUCGCGACAAGGGCAGUCCAUAUCGAGCUGGUGAGUGAUCUCACAUCGACUGCUUUCCUAUCAGCACUACGUCGCUUUGUCGCGAGACGUGGUAAAGUAGCCGAAUUGCAUUCGGACAAUGCAACGACAUUCAAGGGCGCGGCACACGAGUUGCAUCGCAUCUAUAGGAUGCUGAAAAUCGAUGAGGGUGAUAGGAGAGCGAUCUUUGAUUGGUGCGCAGAGAACGAACUGGUAUGGAAGUUUAUCCCCCCGCGUGCGCCUCAUUUUGGAGGACUUUGGGAAGCGGCAGUUAAGUCCGCUAAAAGGCAUCUGUUAAAGACGAUAGGAGUUAGAAGUGUGACGCAAGAAAAUAUGCUUACCCUUCUGGCACAAGUUGAGCUUUGUUUAAAUUCGCGUCCAUUGAUACCAAUAUCAGAUGAGCCAACAGAUUUGGAAGCACUAACCCCGGGCCAUUUCUUGAUAGGGAGUAGCAUGCAGGCGGUACCACAAGUAGAUCUUAGCAAGAUUUCUCCGAACCGUUUGAAGGAGUACCAAUUAGUGCAAAGGCAGAUGCAAGAGAUUUGGGCACGGUGGUACCCAGAAUAUCUACAGCAGCUACAGGCCAGGGCAAAGCACGCGAACAAUACACCGGUGAAGCUAGAAGUGAACCAAUUAGUGAUCGUGAAAGAAGACAAUACCCCACCUGCAGUUUGGCCAAAAGGGCGAAUAACAGCUUUGCACCCAGGAAAGGACGGUGUAGUGAGAGUAGUAACUUUACGAGUGGGCACAGGAAAAGAAAUUGUUCGAGCCGUCAGCAGAAUCGCGUUACUACCCAAUCCAAUCGAACAGAGAGGUUAGAGCGGAAGAAGGAUACACGUGGGAAAUAGUAAACAACAGUUGUUGACAUUUGGAGCGUCAAGUCAAGUUAAGUUUACACGUCGAUCACAUAGUUUCAUGCAUUUAAAAGAAUUCUCUUUUGGUGGCCGGAAUGUUGAAUUUGGAUAAUUAGUAUAAUUAAUUAAUUUGCAUGAAAAUAUUUUGAAUUGUUAUUGCAUGAAAAAUAAACAACACUUGACAACACUACGA